AUGCCAGAUGCUGCUGCUCACCUGCCCUUUUACUACGGCAGCAUUGCCCGGUCAGAAGCAGAGGAGUACCUCAAGCUGGCGGGGAUGUCGGACGGUCUGUUCCUGCUGCGGCAAUGUCUGCGCAGUCUGGGGGGUUAUGUCCUCUCCAUGGUCUACAACCUGCAGUUCUACCACUACGCCAUCGAGCGCCAGAUGAAUGGUACCUACGCCAUUGCGGGGGGAAAAGCGCAUUGUGGGCCGGAGGAGCUCUGUGAGUUUUACUCCAAGGAUGCCGAUGGGCUCUGCUGCACCCUCCGCAAGCCCUGCAACCGCCCCAGUGGUGUGGAGCCCCAGGCCGGUGUCUUCGACAGCAUGAGGGACAAUAUGGUGCGCGAAUAUGUCCGGCAGACGUGGAAACUAGAGGGUGAUGCACUUGAACAGGCCAUCAUAAGCCAGGCUCCGCAGGUGGAGAAGCUCAUCGCCACCACAGCCCAUGAGAGGAUGCCCUGGUACCACAGCAACAUCGCCCGGGAUGAAGCUGAACGGAGGCUUUACUCUGGGGCACAACCUGACGGGAAAUUCCUGCUGCGAGAAAGGAAGGAGAAUGGUGCCUAUGCCCUCUCACUCGUCUAUGGCAAAACAGUGUAUCACUAUCGGAUAGACCAGGACAAGUCCGGCAAGUACUCCAUCCCCGAGGGGACCAAGUUUGACACGCUCUGGCAGUUGGUGGAGUACCUAAAACUCAAACCGGACGGGCUGAUUUUCUACCUGAGGGAAACCUGCCCCAACCCCAACAUGCCAGCAUCUGCAGCACCGGUUCCACCAACCCACCCCUCCAGCAAAACGCAGCCCUGUAGACACCUUGGGCCUCUCAACACAGACGGAUACACACCAGAACCUGUAGGUGGGGAAGGUGCAGGAAAGUCUCGCCUGCUACCCAUGGACACCAGUGUCUACGAGAGCCCAUACAGUGACCCUGAAGAACUGAAGGAUAAAAAGCUUUUCCUGAAGAGGGACCACCUGAUGAUCGAUGAAGUGGAACUGGGGGCAGGAAACUUUGGCUGCGUGAAGAAAGGAGUCUACAAAAUGAGAAAGAAGCAGAUCGAUGUGGCUAUAAAGGUGCUGAAGAGCAACAAUGAGAAAACAGUGAAGGAUGAAAUGAUGAAGGAAGCCCAAAUCAUGCAUCAGCUGGACAACCCCUACAUUGUCCGCAUGAUUGGAGUCUGUGAGGCAGAGUCCCUGAUGCUCGUGAUGGAGAUGGCUUCUGGAGGGCCACUCAACAAGUUCUUGGCUUCCAAGAAAGACGAAAUUACAGUCAGCAAUAUUGUGGAGCUAAUGCACCAAGUAUCCAUGGGAAUGAAGUACUUGGAGGAAAAAAACUUUGUCCACAGAGACCUGGCAGCCAGAAAUGUCCUGCUGGUCAACCAGCACUACGCCAAGAUCAGUGACUUUGGACUCUCCAAGGCUCUUGGUGCUGAUGACAGCUACUACAAGGCCAGGACAGCAGGAAAGUGGCCCUUGAAAUGGUAUGCCCCAGAGUGCAUCCUCUAUCACAAGUUCUCCAGCAAGAGUGAUGUAUGGAGCUACGGCGUGACCAUGUGGGAGGCCUUCAGCUACGGGCAGAAACCGUACAAGAAAAUGAAAGGCCCAGAGGUCAUCAGCUUCAUAGAGCAAGGGAAGCGCAUGGACUGUCCCACAGACUGCCCCGCAGAGAUGUACGCCCUCAUGCAGCAAUGCUGGACCUACAGGUAA